AUGCGUUAUUUUCAGGGUAAAUUAACCGCAUCUGUUAAGUGGCUGGUUGGACGUGUUUAUGGGAAGAGUGUGCCCGAUUUAUUGCAGAAUCCUGUCCGAGUUAAUGAUGAUAAUACCUUUCAUCUUGUUACUGCUGUUAUUACGGGUUUAACGAAUGCUAGCUUGUACAGUAAUGCAGCUGCAAAGAUUUUCAAGGAUCACAGUCUCAUUAAUAAAUCGCAUGGCGUUGUGUUACGUGUGCUUGCAAAUCACUCAAUACCUUUAAUGAUAUCUGGAGAAGAAUCGAAUAUCAACGAAACUAUGCUAUCAUCAGUUCAGCCUUUUAAUCAACCGGCUCAUUUAGCAUUAAUUGAUGCUCUUAUGAUAUCACAUAUGCGCUCAAUAAUUACUAUUGAACGAGUUGUUGAUGCGGUACAAAAAUAUACUACUGUUGAUAAACGUGAAGAACCGAUGGAUAGUGUUGAUGCACUUCUAUUUUGGAUUAAUAAAAUUUGUAUGUUGGUAAGAGAUGACAUGGAAAAGUACCAAGCGACAUCAAAAAAUGACGGCUAUAAUGCUUCAGUAAUUGUUCCUGAAAUGGAAGACUUGUAUGAGGAUAUGUGCGAUGGUGCUUGUAUCUGCGCAGUUAUCGCCUUCUAUCGGCCAAACGAUUUGAAUCUUCGAGAAAUUUGCUUCAGUGACCCAAUGGGAUUGGCAGAUUGUCAGUACAAUUUAACGCUUUUAAAGCGUUUUUGUCAAACUCUUCCAUGUAAUUGUUUCUAUUUUGAAAUAGAAGAUAUUCUUUAUUUGCAUGAAUGUUUACAGCCGAAUGUAAACGCACUGCUUGCUGAUUUGUUUUAUCAUUUCGAAGAUGUCGAAGGAGCAUGUGCGAAGACCCCUGUCGAUCCGAUUUCAUCUCGUCGGUUUAUUAAUAGCGCUGGAAUUCCUGGCUUGCGAAUGCAUAAUGUUUCAAGCACACGAGUGCAACAGAAAGGAAAACUUGCUCAGCCGGGAAUGAUUCGUGAUCCUUUAAGAUCCGGUGAUUCGCGUCGUUACACCCAAAACAACCGUCCUAGUUUGUGUCCAAAUGAUACAACUAAUUUUUGUGAGUUGGGUUCAUUUGACUUGCCAUCAAAUGUAGGAAGCAAUUUAUCUACUGGUGGUAUAUAUAUUCGAAGCGAUUCAAUGCCAGCUGCAAGUAUUCGUCUUGCUUUAGAGGAGAAACGCCGUGAGCACGAGAAGAGGCGUUAUUUGCAAACAAAUCAGAGUCAGUCAGAAAGAGUUCAAAUGCAAAAAGAUGCUUUUUUCACGUUAAUGCAGAGGCUGGAGAAGCAAGGGUCUGAAGGCCGUUCGCGUGCUAUGAGUGAAUAUGGUACGCCAUCUGCUCGUGAAAUAAAAUCAUUAAAAGAAACGGUUGAAGGAUUGCAAAAACAAUUACAAAAGAUGUCAAUUCAGCAAGAGCAUUUAACACGCCAAUUUGAUGGUCAAAGGCGAAUGACUCAUGCUACUUCGCAACCAUCUAUUCAUUCAGGUCAUCUUUGUAUUCUGUGGCAUUAUUUCGGAUAUUUACAUGAAGUGAUGCAACAACCUUCACUGAAUCCAUAUUCAACACUGCCCCACAACAUGGUACGCUCUGGAAUAAUCCAGCCACAGCAUACUUAUGCUAUGCCUUAUGCAAAUGCCAAUAAUCUAAGCCAGAUGGAUUCAUUACCAGGCCAAAUUAUUUGCCAUCCUUCCGACGAACAGCAAAUGUAUCCUUUAACUCAGAUGCAAAUGCCAUCAUCAUUUGCACCAGUUUCUUCUCAAAGAUUUAUUCAUGCAAUGGCUGAUCCGUCUCAUAUACGCCAGAGUGAAAUUGAUCUUAAUACUUAUCACUUUGGCCAAAUGGCAUCGCAAGUUUCAUGUAUGCUUGAUACUAGCAGUUUAGCUACAGAUUCAGCAAAUUCUUUCCGACUUCAUCAGAAUAAUGCAUCAUCAAGUAGAUUGGAUCCUCCGCUGGAACUAAAUCGUAAUUUAACUAAUUGGGGUUUGACUUACAAAGCUGGACAUGCUCUUCGGCCACAGAGGCGAACUUGGGAAAACGAAACAUUUGUUAAGAGCGAUAUGGAUCUUGUAAAUCAGCCUAAUGUUGUUCCAUAUGUCCUUAAUGAUCAGGAUCAAAAACCUCCACCAGUGUCAAACGAAUUACCUAUUUAUGAUAAUGCACAGCCUUUAGUUUAUCAGCAACAAUCAUUACCGCAACUAUGUUCUGCCCAACAACUGAACAAACGCAAAGGAAUUAAUGAGCAGAAACCACCUAUUCCUGUUCACCAACCAAGUCCUCCGAAGGAUCCUUCUUCUCCACCUCCAGUCAAUAUUUUAGUUCAACAAAGGCAAUCGACAACUGGUGGAUCGCAAUUUAUAACGCGUGAAAUGGAAGCGAAAAGAGAAGCAUUACUGGCGAAAACAUUAAAACGGCGUGAGCAAAUUGAGCAGAAAGUGGAGGAAUUGGAGGCAAAAAAUGCCGAACGUCGCUUGGCUGAAAUUGAAAAGCAAGAAGCAGCUGAACAGCGUAAACGAGAACGAGAUUUACAAAGACAAAAAAUCCUAGAAGAUUAUAAAAGAAAGAAAAUGGAAAAAGAUUUGGAGAUGAACGGUAGUGCGCACAAUGGUCGUGGACAUACUUUGAAAUUGUUUUCGAAAUAUGUUCCCAAAUCAAAUCGCUCAAUAAUAAUAAAUGCUUUGCAAUAUUCAGUGUUUCCUGGUGCAGUUUGGGAUAAACAAAGGAACGAGGUUUUAAGUGAGUUAGCGAAAAGCGACAGUAAACAUUUAUUGCUCUUAUUUCGGGAUCAAAAAUGUCGCUAUUUGGGUGCAUACAGUUGGGAUCAACAGUCGGACACAACUCACCGUAUACAUGGUAGAGGACCGAGUAUCUGCAAUGAAACGAUGAUGAAUUUGAUGUUCAAAUACGAUUCAGGAGCGAAAGCAUUCACUCAGAUUCCAACGAAACAUCUUUCAGCUACAAUUGAUGGUUUUACUUUGCGUGAUCAAUAUGUGCAAGGCCCUAAAAUUCCUCAUAGUAGUAGUAUUUUGAGAAAGACAUUCUUUAUUAGUUUCAUUAUUCUUCAGUUAACGGGAGAGCUGGGUGGUACUGAAAUUAUCGUACCCACAAUGUCUCCGAAAUCUGUCAUCAAAAACGGAAAUGGUACUAAUUGUGUACAUGUAACCGAAAUUGCAUGGUGA